AUGCAUUAUGUACAACCGCAAUAUUACGCCGCUGGGUAUGUGCAGUCGACACCUAGUUCAUCCGUCACACAAUCCACAUGGACUGAACAUACCUCUCAUGACGGACGAAAGUAUUAUUUCAACAAUGUAACAAAAGUUACAACAUGGGAAAAACCCGAGGAACUUAAGUCCGUAUCCGAAAGACUUUUGGACUACUGUCCAUGGAAGGAAUUUAAGUCAGAAACGGGAAAAGUGUACUACUAUAACUCUGAAACGAAAGAAUCCGUUUGGACAAAACCUCCAGAACUAAUUGAGGCUGAACAACGUGCUUUCAUGGCAUCAGCAAAGUCGGCAGCGUUGCCUAUUUUGACCACUGCUGCGGUUUCGGGAACGCCAAUUACACCUUCAACGCCUGCUGAAGAGCAAAAGCCAAGUGAACCUUCUGCAAUGGAGCGGGCAAUGAAAGCUACACUUGAAUCUUAUGAAACUGAAGGCACGGAGUCCAUCCAAAUCCCUCUACCGCCGAAUGAGCUAAGUUCUACUAGUACAACAUCUGUUCCAGAAUACAAAACGCGAGGGGAGAUGGCUGAAGGUCUGCGGCGACUUUUUCGUGAGAAGAAGGUUCCGGGCAAUGCCACUUGGGAACAAGCACUUAAGCUAAUUGGCGAUGACCCACGUUACAAUGUCCUUAAAAACUUUAUUGAAAAAAAGCAGAUUUUUAACGUGUACAAGUCUCAACGGCAAAAAGAGGAGCGUGAGGAACAACGUAUGCUUGUUAAGCAGGCUAAAGAGAACCUCGAAAAAUUCCUUCUUCAAACAAAAGACAUCCAUUCCACUAUGUCCUACAGGAAGGUUGAUCAGGUUCUAUCGGGAGUGCCUGAGUGGACUAGCGUACCAGAUCAUGACCGCCGAAUCUUGCUCUCUGAAGCAAUGCAGGAAAUCGCUAAACGUGAAAAGGAAGAUGCUAAAGCUCUCAGAAAAAGGAAUAUUAAGGUUUUUAAUGAAAUUCUGAAUGGCAUUCCAAAGCUAACAUACUGGACUACUUGGAGCGAGGCGCAGCAAAUGCUUCUCGAUGAGCCUAGGUUCACUGGUGACAAAGAAUUGCAGAGCUUAGAUAAAGAGGAUGCGUUAAUCCGGUUCGAGGAACACAUACGGACGCUUGAAAGGGAGCACGAUGAAGAAAAAGAACGAGAAAAACGAAAGCAGAAGCGCAUGCAAAGAAAAAAUCGUGAGGCUUUCACUGUCCUUCUCGAUGAACUACGAGAGCACCAAGUUCUUAGUUCUAUUUCCCUUUGGAAGGAUCUUUUCCAAAUAAUUAAUCGGUAUGCCGCCACUUUAUCGAAUGUCUUUAGGGAUGAACGGUUCCAUGCUAUGCUGGCCCAGCGUGGGUCUACACCACUGGACCUCUUCAAAUUUUAUGUUGAGAAAUUGAAGGCUCGUUUACCUCUAGAUAAAAAACUCAUCAAAGAAAUUAUGAAAGAAAAAGGUAUCUCUGUUGAUCCUCCGUUGGAUUUUGAUGAUUUCAAAAAGGUAGUAGUGGCAGAUGAACGAGGCAAAAAUUUGGACUCCGGUAACAUCCGUAUCAUCUUCGACGGCUUAGUGGAUAAGGCACAGAGCAGGGAGCGGGAGCGCCAGCGUGAGGAGGCACGACGCAUGCACAAACUCGAACAGGCCUUUUUUGAGAUGCUUCGUCAGGCUGAAAACCCCGCCAUACAACCCACCACCACUUGGGAGGAUGUCGCAGAGAGGUUUUCAUCCCACGCAUCUUUUAAUGCAAGUCACUGCCGUUCACCUUGUACCACGCUAAUCUUGAAAUCGGCAAUUCCCCUUCAGUCGGAGCGAAUUCGUCUUUUUAAAGAGUACAUCAUUCAUUGUGACGUCGUGGGAGGCCACGAGGCAAAGGUGGCUAAGCCCCGCAAUGCCAGGUCGAAUUCAUUCGGAGCAGAUGAUUCGAAAAAUAUUUCUGAGGGCGCCGAUGAAAUGGGCCACGAGGUGGAGCCGUCGUCGCAGCACAUGUCAGGAUCAGCGAAGCACUCGUCACGACGGCACCGCAAGCGCAAGCACCACCACCACCAUCGCGAUUUCGAGGAAAACGACUCGGGAUCGCGUAAAAAGCAUAAGAAAUCCAAAAAGUCACGGAGCAGUCGCCACGGCAGAACCGACAGCCUCAAAUCCUCUAAACACGGAAACCACCGGCGCAGUCCCAGUCUCUCCGACGACAGGGUGGACGAGGAUGCACAAAAGUGCCCUGACGAUGACUUUGAGGAGAAGGAGGAACGCGAGCCGGGCGGUGGAGGUGGGAGUGAGGGCGUACGACGUCGGCGCCAAGCGACGCGUGAGGACGGGGAGGCGGAGACGUCGAGCGGUAGCAGUGAUGAGGGCGGUAACAAUGGGGAUCGAUAG